CCGUGCUCUGACAGUGCAGUUGUGUUCAUGUGAGGUCGAAAUGGCAAAAUUUUCAGAGGAUGAACUUGCAAUUAUUGCAUUAAUUCUGGAUGAAGAAGAAGAAACGAGAAGAAAACGGAAGUGGGUUCAUCAAGCAUGGAAAAAGAGAGGAACAGAAGGGGAAUUCGCUACACUUUACAAGGAAUUAGUAGAUGAUGGAACGAAAUUUUUUGAAUACUUCAGAAUGACUGAAAAUUCGUUCAAUUUACUGCUGAAUAAGUUGGAAGUUGAUAUAGCAAAGCAAGAUACGCGCUGGAGAAAAGCAACCACUCCUAGAGAAAGACUGGCAGUUUGCUUAAGGUAUUCGGUCACUGGAGAUGCAUUCAACACAAUCUCGUUCAGCUAUCAUAUAGGGCACAGUACAGUUCAGAAGAUUGGGCGAGAAACCUGCAAGAUUAUCGCGAAGAAUCUGAUGACAGAAUUGUUGCCUACUCCUACAGAGGAAAUGUGGAAGAAAAUAGGUAAUGAUUAUCAAGAAAUGUGGAAUUUUCCAAAUUGUAUUGGAGCAAUCGAUGGAAAACAUAUCGUUAUCCAGGCUCCUCCCAACAGUGGUUCAAUGUUCUUUAAUUAUAAAAAGACAUUCUCAGUUGUUCUAUUAGCUCUUGUAGGUGCUCAUUGCAAUUUUAUUACGGUCGACAUAGGGGCCUAUGGUAAGAGCAGUGAUGGGGGGUUUUUCCAAAUCAAAGCUGGGAAAAUCACUACACGAUCGGACACUGAAUAUACCAGCUGGAUCUACCUUACCAAAUACAUACAUUAAAGUUCCAAACGUUAUUGUUGGGGUUAAAGCAUUUCCCCUGAAAACGUACUUAAUGAGACCAUAUCCAGGAGAUAAUUUGGACGAUAAGAAACGUCAAUACAAUUAUCGUUUAAGCCGUGCCAGAAGAACUUCAGAGAACACUUUUGGAAUUUUGACGCAAACAUUUAGACUGUACAAUAGACGAAUUCAGGUGCUUCCAAAUCAUGCAGAUUACUUAAUUUUGUCCACAUGCUUGCUGCAUAACUUUAUCAAAAAAUACGAUUGCAACACGUAUCAGUACGUUGCUUCGUCAGAGGAUACGAAGAGUGGGGUUGGAGCUCUACGAAGUAUAAAUUCUCAAGCAGAGAUCGCGUCGAGAGAAGCAUUCCGUGUACGAGAAAUAUUCACUUACUAUUUCAGUUCUGAUUGUGGGACCCUCCCUUGGUCAGAAGUACAAACAUCUUAAGGAACUUCCUUUGUAGGUAUAAAGCAAUAUAAUUUCAAUGUCUUGUUGCUACUAUUUAUAACAUAACCUAAUUAAAAUAAACAUGUAG